AUGUUUAUGAAUUUCAUUAAAGAAGCCAUUUGUGAUAAUAACGAUGAAGUGUAUAAAUACCUUCUCGGCUGGAUUGCAUCAAUGAUUCAACAUCCUGGAAUCAAGAAUGAAACAGCAAUUAUUUUGAAAGGACUUCAGGGAACAGGUAAAAACAGAUUUACAGACAUUAUUUCUGAACUUCUCGCUGGUUAUUCAUGUAAAAACAUUACCGAAAUAAGUGAGCUAACGGGUAAUUUCAAUUCAGUAGUUGAGAAUAAAAUGUUUCUUGUACUUAAUGAACUCAAGAAUGUAGGUGAAGAUAGACUCGCAAACUUCAACGCUUUGAAAUCAAUUAUUACGGAUAAUGAGAUUAGAAUUAAUGAAAAGAAUCAACCCAGAAGAACUGCUCAGAAUGUUGCAAACUUCAUUUUCGUAACUAAUAACGUUUACCCUGUCAAAAUUGAAGUUGGAGACAGAAGAGACGUAGUUUUAAGGGUUAAUGGUAAAUUCAAGGGUCAAUUUGAUUACUUCAAGAAUUUAAUGAAUUCAUGCACAAAGGAAUUUUAUGAUAACCUUUUAACAUAUUUUAUCAAUUACGACCUUUCAUCAUUUAAUGUACGAAUCAUACCGAUGACUGAAGCCAAACAAGAUUUAAUAGAAUUAUCAACAAAUCCUUUAGAUGAAUGGAUAAAUACACAUUAUGAUGAAUUGUGUGCAGGUAUGACGUGUAAAAAUGCUCUAUUCUGCAAACCAUCAGACAUGAAAGACAAAAACUUUCAAAUGAGCAUUAAGGAUAAAUGUGAUAAGAAACAGAGAAGAAUAGAUGGUAAACAAACAUGGUGUUAUGUUUUGAAAGAAGAAAUGAAAGGAUUAUAUAAACAGGUUGAACCAAACGAUAAUGAGGAUUCAUUUACUGACGAUGAAAUACCUGUAAAUGAAGCUUUAUAA